UCCGCUUCUGCCUCCGGGGCCGCUUUGGUGUCGGAGAACUCUAAGGAGACGAGACGCGGGAGGAGAGCAAGGACGCUGCAAACUUGCGAGGCAGCGGCCUGAGCAUCUGCUUCACAGCGCGGGGGUUCAAUUCUGGCCCAGAAGUUCAGCGAGCAGUGCAGUCCGAAGACUCCCCGCUGCGGAAGGUCGCAGGAGGGUGCGCCAGAAAGCAGCCCGUACCCUCGGUUCCUCCCCAGACGAGAGAGAGGAGCUCAGAGGAACGGAAAGGAGCGCAGGAGGCGUCCAGGACAGCAGACACCAGCUCGGAGCCGCCGUUCCCAGCUGGAAAGUUGCUGAGGCUUGGAGGCUGCUCGAGAGCGGACAGACCGCAGCUCAGGCCGCGGGGGGCGGGACAGGACGCUACCCAAUUGCCACCUCCCUUCGACCAUAGUAGUUGCUCUCUUUCCAGAGCGCAGCGAGCCACAGACGGGGGCGCGGCUCUCGGCGCGGCGCGCGAAAGGCACAGGGUCCCAGCUGCGAAGCCCUUCGCGCUUCAGGGUCUCUUGACACGCCCCUGAGCUUCCAGACCCGCUUUAUUGAGACUCCUGCUCGCCUCCUUGCAAUUGGUGGAAAGCAAGAGAAUCCAGUGCACGCACAAUCCCCCAGAGAUCAGGUGGAAGGAGCCAUUCAGGACCAAGGACUGUUAGGAGCCCCUUCCCAUUUCGGGGGAAGCGAAGGCGAGGCUGGAUCCCGGAGAGUCAGGAGACUAGUAUAAGCAACCCUCCUCUGGCGGGAUGGGAGCUAUAGGACUCCUAUGGCUGCUGCUACCGCUGCUUCCAGCGGCAGCUUCGGGCUCCGGGACCGGGACGGGGACCGGAAUCGGCCAGCUCGUGGGCUCACCAGCCGUGGGGCCGGCGCUGCAGCCCCGGGAGCCGCUCAGCUACUCGCGCCUGCAGAGGAAGAGCCUGGCCGUGGACUUCGUGGUGCCCUCGCUCUUCCGCGUCUAUGCCCGGGACCUGCUGCUGCCGCCGCCGUCCUCCUCGGAGCCGAGGGCCGGCCGGCUGGAGGCGCGCGGCUCGCUGGCUCUCGACUGCGCCCCACUGCUUAGGCUGCUGGGGCCACGGCCGGGGGUCUCCGGCUCGCCUGCCCCGGCCCCGGCACGGACGCUGUCCAGGGUGCUGAAGGGCGGCUCCGUUCGCAAGCUCCGGCGCGCUAAGCAGCUGGUGCUGGAGCUGGGAGAGGCGGCGAUCCUUGAGGGCUGCGCCGGGCCCCCAGAGGAGGCUGCUGCGGGGCUGCUCCAAUUCAACCUCAGCGAGCUGUUCAGCUGGUGGAUUCGCCACGGCGAAGGGCGGCUGAGGAUCCGCCUGAUGCCUGAGAAGAAGGCGUCGGAAGUGGGCAGAGAGGGAAGGCUGUCCGCGGCGAUCCGUGCUUCCCAGCCCCGCCUUCUCUUCCAGAUCUUUGGGACCGGUCACAGCUCCUCGGAAUCACCGACAAACCUGCCUUCUCUUCCUCCUGAUUCUGUUGCAUGGAAUCUGACCUGGAUAAUGAAAGAUUCCUUCCCUUUCCUGUCUCAUCGCAGUCGAUACGGUCUGGAGUGCAGCUUUGACUUCCCCUGUGAGCUGGAGUAUUCUCCUCCAUUGCAUGACCUCGGGAACCAGAGCUGGUCCUGGCGCCGCGUGCCCUCUGAGGAGGCCUCCCAGAUGGACCUGUUGGACGGGCCUGAGGCAGAGCAUUCCAAGGAGAUGCCCAGAGGCUCCUUCCUCCUCCUCAACACUUCAGCAGACUCCAAGCACACCAUCCUGAGCCCGUGGAUGAGGAGCAGCAGCGAGCACUGCAGGCUGGCCGUCUCAGUGCACAGGCACCUGCAGCCCUCUGGGAGGUACGUCGCCCAGCUGCUGCCCCACAACGAGGCUGGAAGAGAGAUCCUCCUGGUACCCACUCCGGGGAAGCAUGGUUGGACAGUGCUGCAGGGAAGAAUUGGGCGCCCAGAGAACCCAUUCCGAGUGGCCCUGGAAUACAUCUCAAGUGGAAAUCGAAGCUUGUCUGCAGUGGACUUCUUUGCCCUGAAGAACUGCAGUGAAGGAACGUCCCCGGGCUCCAAGAUGGCCUUGCAGAGUUCCUUCACUUGCUGGAACGGGACAGUCCUCCAGCUCGGGCAGGCCUGCGACUUCCACCCGGACUGCACCCAGGGAGAAGACGAGGGCCAGCUGUGCAGUAAACUGCCUGCUGGUUUUUACUGCAACUUCGAGGAUGGCUUCUGUGGCUGGACCCAAGGUGCAAUCUCGUCCCACAUGCCCCGGUGGCAGGUCAGGACCCUAAAGGAUGCCCGGUUCCAGGACCACCAAGGCCACUCCCUGUUGCUCAGCACCACUGACGUCCCCACUUCUGAAAGUGCUACAGUGACCAGCGCUACAUUUCCCGCACCGAUGAAGAGCUCUCCGUGUGAGCUCCGAAUGUCCUGGCUCAUCCGUGGAGUCUUAAGGGGAAACGUCUCCUUGGUGCUGGUGGAAAACAAAACCGGGAAGGAACAAAGUAGAAUGGUCUGGCAUGUGGCCACCAAUGAAGGCUUGAGCCUGUGGCAGUGGACGGUGCUGCCUCUCCUCGAUGUGGCCGACAGGUUCUGGCUGCAGAUUGUCGCACGGUGGGGACAAGGAUCCAGAGCCACCGUGGCUUUUGACAAUAUCUCCAUCAGCCUGGACUGCUACCUCACCAUCAGUGGGGAGGACAAGACGCCACAGAAUACAGCACCCAAAUCAAGAAAUCUGUUUGAGAGAAACUCAAACAAGGAGCUGAAACCCUGGGAAAAUACACCAAGAGAGACCCCCAUCUUUGACCCUACAGUUCACUGGCUCUUCACCACAUGCGGGGCCAGCGGGCCCCACGGCCCUACACAGGCCCAGUGCAACAACGCCUACCGAAACUCCAACCUGAGCGUGGUGGUAGGAAGCGAGGGCCCCCUGAAGGGCAUCCAGACCUGGAAGGUUCCAGCCACUGACACCUACAGCAUCUCGGGCUAUGGAGCCGCCGGCGGGAAAGGCGGGAAGAACACCAUGAUGCGGUCCCACGGCGUGUCUGUGCUGGGCAUCUUCAACCUGGAGAAGGACGACACACUGUACAUCCUGGUCGGGCAACAGGGGGAAGACGCCUGCCCCAGCACAAACCGAUUAAUCCAGAAAGUCUGCAUUGGAGAGAACAACGUGAUAGAAGAAGAAAUCCGCGUGAACAGAAGCGUGCACGAGUGGGCAGGAGGGGGCGGAGGAGGGGGCGGGGCCACCUACGUGUUUAAGAUGAAAGAUGGCGUGCCAGUGCCCCUGAUCAUUGCAGCCGGCGGUGGCGGCAGGGCCUACGGGGCCAAGACAGACACGUUCCACCCAGAGAGGCUGGAGAAUAACUCCUCGGUUCUGGGGCUCAACGGCAAUUCUGGAGCCGCAGGUGGUGGAGGUGGCUGGAAUGAUAACACUUCCUUGCUCUGGUCUGGAAAAUCUUUGCUGGAGGGUGCCACCGGAGGACAUUCCUGCCCCCAGGCCAUGAAGAAGUGGGGGUGGGAGACAAGAGGGGGUUUCGGAGGGGGUGGCGGGGGGUGCUCCUCAGGUGGAGGAGGCGGAGGAUAUAUAGGCGGCAACGCAGCCUCAAACAAUGACCCCGAGGUGGACGGGGAGGAUGGGGUUUCCUUCAUCAGUCCGCUGGGCAUCCUCUACACCCCGGCUUUAAAAGUGAUGGAGGGCCACGGGGAAGUGAAUAUUAAGCAUUACCUAAACUGCAGCCACUGUGAGGUAGAUGAGUGCCACAUGGACCCCGAGAGCCACAAGAUCAUCUGCUUCUGUGACCACGGGACAGUGCUGGCCGAGGACGGCGUCUCCUGCAUCGUCUCGCCCACCCCGGAGCCCCACCUGCCGCUCUCGCUGAUCCUCUCCGUCGUGACCUCUGCCCUCGUGGCCGCCCUCGUCCUGGCUUUCUCCGGCAUCAUGAUCGUGUAUCGCCGGAAGCACCAGGAGCUGCAGGCCAUGCAGAUGGAGCUGCAGAGCCCCGAGUACAAGCUGAGCAAGCUCCGCACCUCCACCAUCAUGACCGACUACAACCCCAACUACUGCUUCGCUGGCAAGACCUCCUCCAUCAGUGACCUGAAGGAGGUGCCGCGGAAAAACAUCACCCUCCUUCGGGGUCUGGGCCAUGGCGCAUUUGGGGAGGUGUACGAAGGUCAGGUGUCUGGAAUGCCCAACGACCCGAGCCCCCUGCAAGUGGCAGUAAAGACGCUGCCUGAGGUGUGUUCCGAACAGGACGAACUGGAUUUCCUCAUGGAAGCCCUGAUCAUCAGUAAAUUCAAUCACCAGAACAUAGUGCGCUGUAUUGGGGUGAGUCUGCAAGCCCUGCCCCGGUUUAUCCUGCUGGAGCUCAUGGCGGGAGGAGACCUCAAGUCCUUCCUCCGGGAGACCCGCCCUCGCCCGAAUCAGCCUUCCUCCCUUGCCAUGCUGGACCUUCUGCACGUGGCUCAGGACAUCGCCUGUGGAUGUCAGUAUCUAGAGGAAAAUCACUUCAUCCACCGGGACAUCGCUGCCAGAAACUGCCUCUUGACAUGUCCAGGCCCUGGAAGAGUGGCCAAGAUUGGAGACUUUGGAAUGGCCCGAGACAUCUACAGAGCGAGCUACUACCGAAAGGGAGGCUGUGCAAUGCUGCCUGUCAAAUGGAUGCCCCCAGAGGCCUUCAUGGAAGGAAUAUUUACUUCUAAAACAGACACGUGGUCCUUCGGAGUGCUGCUGUGGGAAAUAUUCUCUCUUGGAUAUAUGCCGUACCCCAGCAAAAGCAACCAGGAAGUUCUGGAGUUCGUCACCAGCGGAGGACGGAUGGACCCACCUAAGAACUGCCCUGGGCCCGUAUACCGGAUAAUGACCCAGUGCUGGCAACAUCAGCCUGAAGACAGGCCCAACUUUGCCAUAAUUUUGGAGAGGAUUGAAUACUGUACCCAGGAUCCAGAUGUGAUCCACACUGCUUUGCCGAUAGAAUACGGCCCCCUCAUGGACGAGGAAGAGAAAGUGCCCAUGCGGCCCAAAGACCCUGAGGGGAUUCCUCCUCUUCUAGUUUCUCCUCCACAAGCUAAAAGGGAGGAAGGGCAGGAUGCCCCGCUGCCUCUGCCUUCCACGGCCUCUGGCAAAGCCGCAAAGAAACCAACAGCUGCAGAGGUCUCUGUUCGAGUCACUAGAGCGCCAGCCGUGGAAGGGGGACACGUUAAUAUGGCAUUCUCUCAGUCCAACCCGCCAUCAGAGCUGCACAAAGUCCAGGGAUCCAGAAACAAACCGACCAGCCUGUGGAACCCAACUUAUGGCUCAUGGUUCACAGAGAAACCCGCCAAAAAGAACAAUCCCCCAGCAAAGAAGGAGCAACAGGAGAGAGGAAACCUGGGACGUGAGGGAAGCUGUACUGUCCCCCCUAACACUGCAACUGGCAGACUUCCAGGCGCCUCUCUGCUCCUAGAACCAUCUUCGCUGACUGCCAACAUGAAGGAAGUGCCCCUGUUCAGGCUGCGUCACUUCCCAUGUGGCAAUGUCAACUAUGGCUACCAGCAACAGGGCUUACCUUUAGAGGCCACCCCUGCCCCUGGAACUAGUCAUUAUGAGGACACCAUUCUGAAAACCCAGCCUGGGCCCUGAGCCUGUCGGCACUCAUUUCUCUUCCUUGGGAACCCUGAGCUCAUGGAGGAGGGACAGGUAAAGGCUCCUCCACAAACCAGAGACCAAAUGUCACUUUUCAUGUUGUGCCAACUUGUUUUGAAGUGCCACAUAAAAAGCUGUAUUUUCAAAAUGCUUUAGAAAGGUUUUGAGCAUGGAUUCAUCUGUUCUUUCAAAAGAAGAAAAUAUCAUAAAGACGAGUGAUAAAUACAAGGUUGCAUAAGCUGUUUAUGCAUGGUUGCUGUACACUUCCUCAUGCUUCUUUCAAACUGUGUGCUCUGCUCAAUGCAGUCAGAAUUAGCUGCUUAUGUGUUUCAUAGGUGUUUCCUUACCUUGUUGAUGUCGACCUGGACCACUUGUGGGGAGAGAGAACAGAAAUAAAAGAGUUAUUUGUAAUGAGUCAGCAUGGAGAAAGACAUUCUUUACUUGGAAAAGAAAAAUUAUAGACAACUAACCAAAACGUCGUUAGAUGAUGGUUAGAUACUUUCAAUUAUGUUGAUUCAUCAAUGAUUGUAAAAAUGUGGUGAAUACUUAACGUGGUGUAGAGAAAAUGUGUAUAUACUCAUCUAAAUGAGACGCAGACAUUCCAAGUGCUCUGAGUAUGAUAAACCCCCGUACGGAUCCAGAGAGUCAAACAUCCUGUUAAUACACCUCAUGCCUUAAGAAAAUCCUCCUUGUAAAAGUGAACAACUGAGUGUGAGGUUUCCUGCUGGAUUGAAAACUCGAGAUUUAAAUUAUUAAUUACUUAUUUUAAAACUUUCCACUAAUUAAAAUAAACUCUGAUCAUUUAAAAACAAAACUUUUAAGCAGCAGUGAACAUCAAAGCAUAGAAACAUAGCCACUCAUGGGCGUAAGCGUCAAUAGCUCUUAGACCAAAACCUUCUAAUGGUUUCAGUCAUGAAGGUUAGGUACCAAAUUGAAGUUUCUACUUGUGCUGAUAGAAAGGUCAUUGGGUGGUAGUCCAGACAGGCCAUCGGUGGUCCUGGGGAGAGGUACUAACGCAGUAUCCUUCCUUCCCGUGUUCACCUGAACUUUCUCUCCCUUCAUCAUGUGAUCAUAAUAUCCAUGGGAACACACAUUUGCUGAAAUAUACAUAGCAUAAUUUGUAUAGCUACCAAAUGCAGAUUAAAACAAAGAAUUUUUCCUCUGGGUGGCAAGGAGCGAAGGAAUUAGGAACAUCGGAGUGCUCAGGUUGACGCUGACAUGUUAUAGUGGGAGUGCGGAACUUGGUUUUCACAGGUGAAAUUUAUUUCCAUGAAUCAAGAAUCUGUUAAACUUUACACACGUACUUAUGCAAUAAUGCUUUACAUUAUCAAUGUUUUCAUUUCAUUCUUUCUUUCUGCUUCUCUUCCAUUGUCCUGCCCAGUCUCUUUCCUGGUGGGAGCUGUGCCAAAGCAUCGCUUUGGGAGGAGAGCAUUUUGUAUUACUUGCUGGGCACUAAGCAUUCCCAAGCAAAAGGACUGUACAUGUACCUACCUUUUCACCUACCUUCUCAGGUUCACUACAGCAAAGUAUCACUUUGGACAUGGGAAAGCCAUUCUGUUCUAAGCCAAGCCUAGAGAAGGUUCCCUCCUCCUAUGGCAGAUGCCUUGCCCUAGUAGGUGGUUCUGCACAUCUGUAGAGGCCCUGAUACCCUGGAUGCCGCUUUUCCUUAUCUUCUUAACUGCCAAAAUAUUUUCAUCAGAAUAACAUGAAGAUGAAACAUCAGUGAUGAACCCAUCUCUAAAUAACCAUCAGGAUAGUUUGGGCUCCUGCCAGGCGCAAAAGUAUAUAUAGUAAAAUUAUAUAAACAUCAAUCUAACUCACAAACCACCUGAAGGGGCCCCAGAAUCCCACUUUGAGAAACACUCUCCUAAAGGAUAAUGACCAAGGAACUGUCAAAACUAAGAAUAAUUUCAUUUUAUAUUUGUAACCCCAGUAACCUAUUAAACAGGGAGCAUGCUACAUGGUUAAAUAGCCAACUUUUUCUUGUCAUUAAUGGUGAAAAAAUCUUAUCCCUUUCUCUUAUUAAAAACUACAAAUCCCUUACAUCUUCAGGCUGUGCCUUACUACCACAGAGAUUGGUUUGUUGAUUCUCUCUAAUUGUCUUUACUGGUAUCAACUUUCAUGUAAAUGAUAGUCAAGUCUUACAAGUCUGUAUCCAUGGAUAAGUAAAUAAACACCUGCACACUGAGAUAUGAUGACCUCAAGAUGUUUCAUUUCA